AUGACUUUUGGUACCGAAACCCAUAUAAUGUUUACCAAUGGUAUCCGCAGGAAUAUGCGGGAGAAGCGUGCUAAAAUCCGUGCAGAAUACUGCCAGAAGUUCUUCUACGAAAGGCUUCUUCGAGUCUGGCGAGGAAAGAUAGAAGACAAGAACCAGAAGUUUGUCAUCUACAAGGCAUAUACUCAUCUCAAGAACUAUCCACUCGAAUUACGCACAGUUGCGGAUCUCAGGCAAAUCCAUGGAAUUGGUGAUACAUUGGCUACUCGCUGUCAUUCAGCGUGGGAAGCAGCAUGCGCCAUUCACUCAGCACUCGAUCUCAAAACUAUUAAGAAUUUAAGUGAUGAAGAGCUCAUCAGUUUCAUGGAUAACGGGAAACGCUUAAGGGGUACAACUAUGUCCUCGGGUUCCUCGGGAAGUCAAAGCAAACACACGAACUUUGCCAAAGCCUCAACAGAAAAUCCCGCCCAAUUCCAUAAUCCAAAGAUUUAUGAUGUAGCUUGUGACGCUGAUGAUGGAGCCAUUCAAAGUGCUAGUGGGUCUACUUCAGAACCUGCAGCUACCUUACCUUCAGAGGAUUUCCCUAUGCAAAACAUCUGCUACGUUGCCUGCGACCCAUGUGAUCAAGCAGAAGUGUUACUAAUCGCGGACGCUCGGGAAGACCAUGGGUCUAUGCGAGGAAAUACUGUUGUCGAGUGCCUUACUUCCUACAGCUAUAGGAUGGAGGGUCGAACUUUGUCUGUUGGUGAUUACUUGUGGGUUCUACGCAAAGUGGACGGUACAGAAGUGGUGCUGGAUUGGGUUGUGGAAAGAAAGACUUGGCAGGAUCUACAACAAAGCAUCAGAAUGGGAAGAUAUGAGGAACAGAAACAAAGAUUAUGCCGCUCACCAAUGAAAAAUAGAGUUUAUUUGGUGGAAGGAAGGUUCACACCAGAGUACUACGCAUGUGAGCAGGCAUUAGCCACAACAAUGGUGACGCACGGUUUCAUGAUCCAGAGGACGAAAUCACCAGAAGAGACCGCUCAGUUUCUAUGCCGAAUCACGGACCAUCUCAAAACGAUGACAGCUACACGCCAAAUAACGGGUAUUUCCUACGAAAGUCUUCAAGAGCUGUCGAAAAAAGCUAAUGCAGACACCGUAAAAGACAUGUGGAUAAAGCAGCUCAUGGUAUGUCCUGGCAUGUCAUCUCAUCGGGCACAGCAGGUUGCGUAUAGGUUUCCAUCAAUGUCUUCGAUAAUAGAACAGUACUCUCAAGCUGAAGAUUCGCUCACUGACUCGUUGCUUUCGUCAACAGUUCCGGGCGUCAACCGCCGUCUCAGCGUACAAAUGCGCAAGUUCUUCAGUGUUUUACACUCAACGUUUCCAGUCGAACAUCACCGUCUUAACUGA